AUGACAUCACAUAGAACUACGCCUGGACAUCAAUGGCGUGUCAAAAUUAUGGGUCUUGGACAAGAUGUGACUGUUAUUCAAUUAUCAAAUCAAUUCGAAGUAGAGCCUCAACAAAUAAGCAUCCAUAAAUCUCAAACACAUUCGUCUAAGUUGUAUGCAUUAAUUAAUGGAUUCAAAAGUGAAGAACAAGCAAUUAUGUUUCUCUCGAAAUGGAGUGAUAUCUUCACAGAUACAGAAAUCAACAUUAGCUAUGAACUUGAUACAGACACAAAUGAAUCAAAUACAAAAAUAAAUUCUGAUUCUAAUAGGUCGCAAUUCACAAGUUCAAAUCGAUCUACAUACAAUCAUGGGUCGGAUGACGAUGACGAUGCAUCGAACAGUCCAUAUGGAAUCCGAACAAAUAGAGCUUUAAUAUAUGCAACUAAUUCUAUGUUAACAGAUAGAACAAGAGAUAGCUAUCAACAAGAUCGUGAUGAUUCAUAUUCGUCUCAAUCAAAAACACAUUCGAAACAUACACAAUGUCGUCACGGCGACAGUUGCUAUACUGCAGACUGUCCAUACAGACAUUCACCAGAGUGGCGUGCAUGUAAGAAAGGUGCACAAUGUAAAGAUUAUGCUUGUUCAGCUAAUCAUCCACGAAACCGUAAAGCUAAAUGUAAGCAUGGUAGUGAAUGUUGGACAGCUAGUUGUUCCUAUUUGCAUCCGAAUACGAACAAAUCCGAGUCUUCCUACGACGACGAUAAUGAUCAAAGUUAUUCACAUGUUCAACUGAACGAAGAUGAUUUUGACGAGGUAGGAUAUAACCGUAAAUAUCUACUGUAA